GUGUCAGCGCGUCAAUCAAGCAUGCAUUCAGUGUUGGUCUUUUGUAUUGAGCUCAAAGUGAUACGAUUCUCUUCCUCUCUUCCUACCAUAGCCACCAAAUACCAUCAAUAAUGCCAGCACGUACGAGAGAUACGGGAAGAGCUGGUUCGUCCAACCAGUCUGCUUCAACUAGCCGUACUGGUCACUUUGGACGUUCCACUAAUGGAAGACGGCCGCGUUCAAGAGUUCAAGAAGAAGAAGAAGAAGAGGAGGAGGAGGAAGAGGAAGAGCCACCAGCUAGGCGUAGACGAGUAGGAGAAUCAUCAAAUGGCAGACGUCGUACAGAAGAGACUCCAAAUGAAGAGGAAGAAGGUGAGGAUGAGGAGGAGGCAGAAGGCGAAGGCGAAGGAGAUGGAGGUGAGGAUGAUGAUGGCAGUGAUGGAGAGGCUAAUGUCACUGGACUCAGGGAAAGAGAAAAGCUUCCUGUAAGCGACGCCAUGAGGAACAUGGUACAAGCGAUGGACAAAGAAGGGAAAGAAGGUAUCAAGCGUAAAGCCAAUGAUCUUGCACGUUUGGCUUUGUUUUCUGAAUUGCGUAGAACACCAUUGCGCAGAAGUGAUAUUUCUAUCAAAGUUUUCAACAAAGAGAAGUCAAAGAUUUUCCCGGUAGUCUUCAAUCAGGCUCAAAAGGUCUUGAGGUCGUCUUUUGGCUACGAAAUGGUGGAAUUGCGUGCAAGAGGUACAGAUAAUGAACAAAUCUUGCUCGCUCAAACACAAGCACAAACACAACGAAGGCGCGAUCCGGAAAAAGAAGACGAAAAGGAUCCAAAGGUGAAAGGUGUACUGUCAAAGUCUUAUGUGCUGGUAUCUGUGCUUCCUAGCAAGCUCAUUUCUCGCAUCACUCAACCGAGUGCCACUUUGGGCAGUGUACCAGAUUAUACAGUUGGUGGAAAUCGUGGCAAUGUUUCUGGUACUGAGGGAGUAUUGCUUGAUUGGAAACGUUCCAAUGCCGAUUUGGGCAAGACUGGACUUACUAUGCUUAUCUUGGCAUUGGUACUUGUGAACAAUCGUGUGAUGCCAGAGGAUCAAUUGCGUUCCUAUCUUAGAAGGAUGGGACUCAAAGGUGUUUUGCCGGAAUCUCUACAAUCACAUCCUGAACUUGCAUCAGGAGGUUUGGCAGGACGAGAUUCGGACGGAGUCAUGUUAGACGACUUUUUGGCCAGUCUUGUCAAACAAGAUUACUUGGAACGAACAAAGGUACAAAAUGCCGCUGCCACAAAUGCUGCUUCUAUGGAUGCAAGUAUGGCCCGUCGACGAACACAAGCAAGAGGAAAUGUGAAGCGUACACGUAACGGCGAAUCUGAUGCUGUGGAAGAUUUUGAAUUUCGAUGGGGAUCCCGAGCAGAAGCGGAAAUUGGUGAAACGGCUGCCGCAUCUUUCAUUGCGGAUAUAUGCAUGAGAAAUAACAACAGCGCUGAUGUCGAAGGAGAGGAGGAAGAAGAGCAAGAGCAAGAAGCAGAAACGCAAAACGGCUUAGGGAGCUCGAGAGAACGUCAAAAGAAGCGAAGAGAGCAAAUUUUACGUGAAGUGCAAAGGGCGGCGGGGUCAACGUUGGUGGUUUGAAUUGUGUAGAUAUUCUUUUUUUUCGUUCAUAUUGUACAUUAAAUGAGAUCCUUAUUCACUGCUGUUGAGUGUUGUUUGCUAAUGUUCGACGAACGCUCUCUCGUUUACGUUCAUUCUCGCCCAAUCCAUCUGCCCAUUGCUCUUUAUCCGGCUUAUCGACUCGAGUGCCUAUUCUGAUAUCUGUUGCAAUGCGUGGGAUC